GGAGGGAGACAGACGCCGGCCUCAUCAGUCGAACCUCCCCCCACACACAGACAGACAGCGCCGGAGGGGACGCAGUCGGCAGCAAGCGGGAGAAGCGAGCAGGUCAGCCCACCCACUGUCACCCGGGGCCCUCCGGCAGCACCAGCAUGUGGCAGCCAGCGAGCGAGAGACUGCAGCACUUUCAGACCAUGCUGAAAACCAAGUUGAAUGUGUUGACUCUGCGGAAGGAACCCUUGCCCACUGUCAUCUUUCACGAACCAGAAGCCAUCGAAUUGUCCCCCACAGCUCCUUUGAUGAACAGCCAGUACAACACAGAGCGCAAGGUGAGGUACUUAGGAAAAGUGGUCAUGAAGGGGACACAAUUUACGUCGGGCUGCACCGAGAGGUCAGUUGUAGAGUUGUGGGAGAAGGAGGCAAUGGAUCAAGAAGACAUAUCGUCAGCCAAUGCCAUUUUGGAGAUCCGCCCUUUCCAGGUCCGUCUCCACCAUUUGGAUUCCAGGAGGGAGGCCGCGGUCCAAAUGGAUGCGUUCCAGGUGUCGCGCAUUGCCUAUUGCACAGCAGAUCACCACGUCAGCACCAACAUCUUUGCAUGGCUUUACAGAGAGAUCAAUGACGAUUUGUCCUACCAGAUAGAUUGCCACGCGGUCGAAUGUGGGAGUAAGCUCGAAGCCAAAAAAUUAGCGCACGCCAUGAUGGAGGCGUUCAAGAAGACCUUCACCAGCAUGAAGAAUGACGGGAAAAUCCACCACAGCAGCUCCUCGGAGGAAGCAGAGUCCGCGGCGUCGGAUGACGGCUGAGAGGGAAAUCGAUGAAUCCGGGAUCAACGUUGAAGUCUGGCCUGACGAUGAGAGCCAUUUGAAAGAAACAAAUAGAGGAAAUCUAAUUGAAGAUGAAAUGUCAAUGAACCCUUGGUUGGUUAGCUUGCCAAAUUAGCCAAGUGACAAUACAUAAUGAGAAAAGUUUAAAAAAAAAGAUUACGCAUUAUUAAAUAGUUGCAUUGAAAUUUAAAACAACUGCUCUGCUCUGACUGUGAGUGUACAAUGUUUAAUUCCCUAUGGGAGUUUGACACUUCUGCUGAUGUUAGUUCUUUGCUAAUUUACCUAAAAAAAAUUCUUGAAACUAACAGAACAAUUAACUUUAUCGCUGCAACCAAGAAUUAAACCAGUUUUAACUACAGAGGAAGUAUCACACAGGUAAAACAGUUAGGAAAAACAAAAUGGAAAAUUUACAUUCAGAUUGGAACAAAACCAGCAAGAUUUACACAUGAAAACAAUUAAAAAGAAAUGCAUUGAUCUAUCUUCAUAUCUUUCUACCAACAUAUAAGCUACAAUAUAUUUAAAGAUAUAUUCCAUUUUUAUAAAAUAUAUUUCAAAUGUAAGUAUUAAAAUGUAAUGUUUAAAUCUUUAAAAAUUGUGGAGUAUUAUCAACUGUGAAAAACACAUGGAAAUAUUUGAUUGUAAACUCAGAGGUUUGUCACGUGGAAAUCUCUGAUCUGCAGUUGUUUCUCAAAAGCAGAGGAAUAAACCAGGCAUUAAAAAUCUUUAGCCAGCACGACUGUUUAAAUGGACUCCAAAAUUGUAUUGUUUAUUUUAAAUUUGUUUUAGUUUCAGUGCAAGCAAGAAUCAUUUCACAUUUUGAUUUCCCCCUGUUCAGUACAAGCUGCUUGUUUCAGUUACAUUCACCUGGAUAGAUUACACAAAUCAGGCUUUGUCAAUUGAAAGUCAACUGGAGGUUUAUGUUCUGAAUCCUUUGUAGAUUUAAUCUUAAUACCUUGAUGCUGGCCUUCAAAUCAUGGUGUUGCAUUCUUCAAAGAAGAUGGCAAGUCACAGUAAAUGGCCACUUCCUAUUUCUAGCUUCUAUUCUUCCACAAUAUCCCCUUUUAUUUUGUUCUUCCAUUACUGAGGGAGAGAGCAUGUCCGCUGUGAGAGAGCUGUGAAUCUUUCAUAACGGAAAUAGAUUUGUUUUCCAUUUUCCUAUCCGUGCCUUUGCACCCGCUUGUUGGCUUUAGGUAGAAAACUGGGUUCCCAAACUGGUCAGAGCUUUUCCAUUUUCAUCAAGGUAGACGCUGGAAGGCUUAUAUACCAAUAUAUAUAUGGUAUGGAUAAUUAUGUCAGUGAAGAAAGCCAUUGCUGUACUGGGAUGGUGAACGGAACAGAUUGUAAGGUAGAAAAUCAGUAACAGUUGAGUACAGCCGACCAAUAAAUCUGUGUUCAUGUGAAUUGUCCAUUUAGCAAAAUGAAAUGACUUGUUAUUUCAGUGGCAGCAUACUGUCACCACAGCAUGUAAACCAAGAUUAUCCGAGUGUGUGAUUGUUUUUUUUCGGAAGUACAAUGUUGCCUGCAUUUGUCAAAUUACAAAAUAAAUUGUUAUAUGGUGA